AUGUGGAGAGCCUACUCUGACAUGAGAGAAGCCGAUUACAUAAAUGCAGACAAAUACUUCCAUGCUAGAGGGAACUAUGAUGCUGCCCAACGGGGACCUGGGGGUGUCUGGGCCGCAGAAGUGAUCAGCAAUGCCAGGGAGGAUAUCCAGAAACUCCUGGGCCGUGGUGCAGAGGACACGCUGGCUGAUCAGGCUGCCAAUGAAUGGGGCAGGAGUGGCAAAGACCCCAAUCACUUCCGACCUGCUGGCCUACCUGAGAAGUACUGAGCUUCCUCUUCAGUCUGCUUUCAGGAGACCUGGCUGUGAGACCCUCAGGGCAGGGACACAAAGCAGGGAGAGGGCACACAAUAGGUAUCUAAUAAAUACUUAAGAGGUGGAA